AUGCCUCAGCCAACAGUCGCCGUCAUUGGAACAGGAUUCAGCGGUUUGUGUGCUGCCAUCCAAGUAAAGAAGCAACUGGGCAUCAAAGCACAAUUGUAUGAAAUUUCAGCUGACGUAGGAGGAACAUGGCACGACAACACUUACCCUGGAUGUGCUUGUGACAUCCCGAGUCCCUUGUAUUCGUUCAGCUUUGAAUUGAAUCCAGAUUGGUCUCAUCACUACAGCCCGCAGAAUGAGAUCUAUCAAUACCUCCGCAAAGUGGCAAAAAAGUACAACAUCUAUGAGCAAACAAAGUUCAAUACGGAGGUGAUCCGCAUUGAUUGGAUGCAAGAAAAGCAAGUGUGGAAGGUGGAUUCCAGACACACAGACACGGCUCAACCACAACCCAUUGUCACCGAGUACUUUGACUAUGUAUUUGCUGGUUUAGGCCCUUUGCGUGUCCCAAACAUCCCUCCUCAAUUCAAGGGUUUUGGUGGCGAAAUUGUUCAUACAGCAAUGUGGGAUUCUUCCAUUGAUUUCAAAGACAAGACUGUCGCUGUGGUUGGCAGUGGAGCAAGUGCCAUUCAAGCUAUUCCUGAACUACGCAGAGUUGCCAAACAUCUGAUCAGUUACCAGAGAACACCCGCUUGGAUUGCUCCCAGAGAUCAAUUUGCCUACUCUCGAGUCACCAAGUUUCUCUUGAGACACGUUCCCUUUUUGAUGCGCAUCUUUCGUAAUGCAAUUUUCUUUCAGCAUGAACUCUAUUAUGCAGGCUUUGGAUUCCAUGGCACAUUCAUUGGCAAAUUUGUCCAACGCCUCUUUGAAAAACUCACUGCUUUCAGGUUGAAACGAGUGGGCCGUCCUGAUCUAAUCCCCAUUUUGACACCUUCUUUCCCGCCUGGAUGUAAACGUGUCGCUAAAUCAGAAAACUAUCUGGAGGCAUUGGCUAAGCCGAAUGUCACUGUGGUACCAAGAGCUGUCAAGGAUGCUCAAAAUGAUAAACUGAUCGACUCUGAAGGUAAUUCUCGCCAAGUAGAUGUCCUGGUGCUGGCCACCGGCUUCAAUGUAGAAGGCUUUUUGGGUAAUUUAGAGAUCCAUGGAAGAGAUAAUGUUUCGCUCAGAGAUAAAUGGGAAAACAGCUAUCCAGACACAUACAAGGGUGCCACCAUUCAUGGCUUCCCCAAUUUCUUUCUUUUACUCGGCGCUGGUGUAGGUCUUGGUCAUAAUUCUGUUGUCACUGUCAUUGAAUGUCAAGUGCAAUAUGCUAUUCGUUGCAUGAAACAUGCACUCAAAAAUAACAUUACUGCUAUGGAGCCACAGCUGGAUGUUCAGAACGCCUAUACAGCUAAUCUAAAGCGACAAUUCAACGGUACUGUUUGGAAGAGUGGUUGCAGCUCUUGGUAUCUCAACAAGGAUGGCGAUGUUUAUGGUUUAUGGCCUAGUACAGUAACCAUGUUCUGGUGGAAAACCUUGAAUCCUGGAUACAAAAACUUUAUCGAAUACAAGAGACAGUAG